AUCCUAUAGAAGUAUGUGGUUUAGUCACAGCAUUUUGCUGUGGUUUAGUCACAGCAUUUUGCUGUAGUUUAGUCAUUUGGGUCAUUCUCGGACGGCACACCUCUAUCUUUAUUAAAUAUUCUGUGUCCUGAUUAUAGAGAUGAUGGUCGAUGGCCUUGGCUUUGGUCUUGUGUUCAGUUCAAGGAUAAAAUUAAUUUAUAAACAAAAUAAAAUAUUAUUUAGCAGUUCGCAUUGGUGCGCGUUGUUUGUUGGUUGGUGUUAGUACGCGAUGGAAAAGGAAACUAUUUUUAUGGAACGAUUGGCUUCUUUAUAUAAAAGGGAAAGACUUGUUGCUUUUUAUAAAAGUCAGAAGUUUGCUGAUUGUACUUUUAAAUUAAAUGGGGCAGAAGUCAAGGCACAUAAAUUAAUAUUAGCAUGUAGCAGCCCAGUUUUUGAAAAAAUGUUUUUUGGGGAUAUGGCCUCGAAUGAAAUUAUAAUUUCUGACAUAAAUGAGGAGGAAUUCAAUCAAGUGCUCGAAUUCAUUUAUACUGAAAAUAUUAGCAUUACUUCGGUAGUUAAUGCUUGGUCUUUAUUUUAUGUAGCAAAUAAAUACCUAUUAGAUGAUCUUAUUCAUGUGUGCUUACAGUACAUCCAGAAGAAUUUGACAAUGAACUCGCUGGUUUUGAGUUAUGAAUAUGCUGAGAUGUACAGUUUACGCGAUAUAAAAAAGAGAUGCUUUUCAGACAUUGUUGGUUAUGUUAAUGGAGCAUUUUCAACUGACUAUCAUAUGAAACCAUCUACUUUGUGUGCUAUAUUAGAAGAAGAAAACAUUGGUCUGGACAAAUUUGAAUUAGUGAUACAAAUUAUAAAUUGGGCUGCCAUAGAAUGUGAUUUUAGAAAAGUAGAGGCUAUCCCAGAAAACAUUGUAGAAGUUCUGAAAGAGGAGGACAUAUUAAGAUUUAUAAGAAAGGAUUGGUUAAUUAGUAUAAAAUGUGAUGAGUGUUGUGAUGCUUUAAUAAUGUGCCAAUGUAUAGAUGAAUUACUACAUGAAAGUUUGUUGUUACUUGAUGAGGAAUUGACUUGGAGUGAGGACUCUUGUGAAAUACAAAAAUUGUAUAAGCCUAUGCAAAAUAUUUGUCGUCUCAGAAAAGAAUUUAAAAUAGCUUGUAGAGUAGACCUGCAUAAUUCGGAAGAGUAUGUCUCGAGUGUAAGUGUAAAUCGACGGAUGAUACUGUUUGGUGUAUUAGUUAAUACAGAAAUGAACCCAACGGGAUAUUUUGGAACGGGGUAUGAGGGUUCGAUAACAGUUCGCGUGUGUGAGCAAAACUGUAAUGCAAGUAUUGCAAAGCCUACUACUUUUAAAGGUGUUAUAUAUUACGAUUCCGAUUUAUAUUUGUCUUUGAAAGACUUAGUUACUCUCGAACCAAAUGUUCUUUAUGAUAUUAAAGUCUCAUAUAAAAAUCGAAGUAAUAUUGGAGUUACUCCAGUACAUUGUUAUUAUAUGAGUAAUAAACUGACAAAUGAUUGUAAAGAUUCAGUUAUUUCGUUUUUUGAAAUGUGUGGAACUCUUGUGAAGGGACUUUCUUUUUAUGCUGCAUAGUUAAUUAAUUUAUUUCUUUAUUUAAUUGUGUAGGUAUAUAAUUAUGUGAUAUUUAUGAUAAUUGUGAUUAUUUUUGUUAAAACUUUUGCCUUAUUAAAUUGUUUCCUUUUUACGUACCGUAUGUUGUUUAACUUAAAGAAGUACUAUUUAUGCAGAUAAUCAUUAUGCAAUUAUAUUUAUUUCAUAUUUCUCAAGAUUAUAUUUCAUGAUCCUAAUUGUAGGUAAAAAUAAAAAAAUUAUCUUCUGCAUUGUCAAAAACGGUAUUCUAUAU